AUGGCUGCGGCGGCGUCGCCUGCUCGACAUUCGCCAGCCCAGCAGACCAUCAGCCCCGAAUCCAUGCACUUGACCAUGCCCGCGAUGCCUCCCAUUCGAUCUCCGGUGACCUCUAUAGCACCUAAGCCCGUCCGACAAGCACCGAGCCCGGCCAUUAGCCACAGUCCAGCCAUCAGCAAGAGUCCGGCGCCCCAAGACGAUGAUCAACUCACCAGCCCUAUCGGCGAGGUCGUCGAGCAUAUCAAAACGAUCACCCUCUGUUUCCGGGAGGCCUUUGGUAGCCGACACGGCGUCGAUGCUCGUCUGCGUUGCGGAAGAGUGCUUUGCCAAAGCGCGGGGAACCUGCAAGAUGUCGUGGCGUCCUCAUCGGGGGCGGCCGUAUCGGAGUAUCAAAAGCUCAUUGCUACGGGGCUCUCGUGCCUGGAAAGCACUCUACAGAGCAGUCGUCUUACUCCUCGACAGGAAGCCAAGAUCCGGCUCCGGUAUGCUUCAAUCUUGUAUGAAGAUACGGAGAGUUUGAUGGAGGCCGAGACGGCGCUUUCGAAGGGCAUUAAACUUUGUGACAAGCAUCGGUUCCUGGAUCUCAAGUACUCCAUGGCUUACUUGCAGGCAAAGCUUUUGUUCCAGAGGGGCCAUACCAAGGGCGCUCUUCACGCGGCGGACCGCAUGAUCAGCGAGAUUGCGUCACGCCACGUGCACUGGAACUACGCCUUCCGCUUUUUAAAGGCCUCGUUCUACCUACAGUCGGGGAGUUCGUCCGAUGGGGCAGCACUGGAAAACCUAAGAACGAUAGGGACGUUCGCCAACGGCAGGGGGACUACGCGCUGGAAGCCUUUGCUUCUCUCCUCGAAGGCCUUGCUCUCCUCGGGAUGA